AUGUCAUACUUUGAGUUUGAUGAUGUAAAGAGGUACCAUCAGCCUUAUGAGGACCCCAUGAUCAGAGGGCCUUACUGGAAGCCAGCCUACGACAAUAGUGCUUGGCUCAACUUCAAGGCGACUCUUUACCCUUCCGCUGCAAUCGGGCUUCUUUAUGAACCAGCCAGACACUUCGUCAAUGGAGUCAAAAUCAUGAACGGAUAUUAUGAGUGGCCAAAGACAAGGAUGGAAGCAAACAUUUUCUUCAGAAGCGUAUUUAGAAUGCCCAAUUUCUGGAAAGACAUGCUCAAGAAGAUGUCCUUCGGGUUCGUCCACUUCGCAGGAGAUGUAGGAAUCAAAAUGUCAUCAUGGAGACUUGUGUAUGGAGGUACUUCGAGUCCCAUCGAAUAUGCUGACUGGAAUUGCUUCAAGAUUUUGUUCUGUGCAAUGACUGCUUUCUUGCCAACUUGCUGGACUGCAGUACCAUUCGAAAUGGCUUCGAGAGCUUAUUAUGCAGACAAAACAUGGCCUGUUGAGUUAAGAAGAGGGUACACAUCACCACUAAACGCUUUGCUGAGGAUUCCAUUUGAAGAAGGGCCUUCAUACUUGUUCAAAGGAAGCUACCCAAUCAUGGCAAGAGACUUUUCUUUCUACUGAUUCUUCUGUGGAGUGUAUGCAUUUUUGAAGAAUAAAUUCUUCUUCUUCUGGGUCUACCAUGACUUCCCCUACUGGUACAUCAAACUCUUUAACUUUGUUGCAGCCUGGACUUUUGGGUGGGGAGUUGCUUAUCCAUUCCACUAUGCUAGGGAGUUAGUCGAUUUAUGGCCAAAAGAAAGAGGAGGCCAUUGUACAUGGAACAAUAGUUAUAGCACUUCGAUCAGAUGGAUGUUUGAGAAUAUUGAUAUUUUGUACACAAACUUCUUUGCUAAUUAUUGGACAUAUAUGGUGAGAAAAGGUAUUCCAAUCUGGAUUAUGAUGUGGAUGCUCGACAAUAACGGAUUCUUCACGAAUAGUAUGGACAACCAUUUGAGUCUUGAGACAAUGUUCCCAAUCAGCAUGGAAAGUGUCUAA